UACACACUAUUUUAGGUCAGUCUUCCACGUGCUCCUGGGGACUCUCUCCCUCUCCCUCUCCUCCCUCUCCCUCUCCCUCUCUCUCUCUUCUAUGCCAUGAUAUAAUUAUUUUUCCCACUCAAUUACACCUUCUGACCAUCUAUGCUUCUCCUGUUCUCUGUUUUGUUCGCUUCCAUUCCCCGUCUCUCAAUCCACAGCACAGAAACCAGAAAAACCAAAAAAAAUCCCCAACCCAUUGUGCAGAAAGAUCAAAUCUACCUCCCCAGAAAGAAAAGAUUUGAUCUUGGCAACGAAUUUGGAAGAUAUGAAUGCUGUGGCUGAUCAAGAUCAAGACAUGGGAGAUGGAAUGCAGUGCAGUGACCAUCCAUACAGAAGCAACCCAGGUGGGAUCUGCGCUUUCUGCCUCCAGGAGAAGCUCGGCAAGCUUGUUUCUUCCUCCUUCCCUCUCCCCAUCCACGCUCCUGCAACCUCCUCUUCUUCCUCCCCUUCUUUUAGAUCUGACAUUAUUAACGGCGGCAAUGGAGCUGCUGCUGCUGCUGCUGCUGCUGCUGGUCCUUCUUCCUCCGCCGCCUCCCUCGCCCUCUCCCUCUCCGUCCACCCAACUUCUUCGUCAUCGGCAAAACCCAGAAGCAUUGGUAGUAAUUAUCGCCACGAGGAUGAGUUUUAUAACACAAGGAUGGCCAGGAUUUCAUUUCUUUUGGCUAAGAAGAAGAAGAAAGUGAGUGACGGUGCUGCUACUACUGGUACCGGUGGUGCUACUGUUGUAUCUUCGGAUAGGGAAGCUGCUAACAUGGUGUUCAAGCGGAGCAAGUCUACGACCAACCCGCGGCGGGGUCACCAUUUUCUGGAUGGUUCAGAGGAUUUUAGUCCAAGGAAGAGAGGCGGGUUCUGGUCGUUUCUGUAUCACUCCUCCACCAAGAACUCGUCACACGCUCUUAACAAGAAGACAAUGGACAAGUCCAGCUUCAGAGACAACUCCACCUCCAAGAUCUCUUCCACUUCUUCCUUCACAUCCGCCCAAAAGGACUCCAAAAGCUUCGGGUCUUCUUCUCUGAGGAAUAGAAACGAACUAGCGGUCGACGCGGACGACGACAGCAACAGCCCAAACAGCAGUCAAGCAACCGCCGCCUCGGCCUCCUCCUUCGAGCGGAAGGUCUCGAGAUCCAGAUCCGUCGGCUGCGGAAGCCGAAGCUUCUCCGGCGACUUCUUCGAGCGAAUCUCAACUGGGUUCGGCGACUGCACUCUCAGAAGAGUCGAGUCGCAGAGAGAAGGCAAGCCCAAAGCAGCCCACCGCGGUGGCGAACACAACCACUGCAUGAAAGAGCGAGUGAAAUGCGGCGGGAUUUUCAGCGGUUUCAUGAUGACGUCCUCGUCUUCGUCAUCGUCGUCGUCGUCUUACUGGGUUUCGUCCUCCGCCGAAGGGCCGCUCGUCAACGGCCGUAACCGGAGCUGGGGGUGGGCGUUUGCGAGUCCGAUGAGAGCAUUCACCAAACCUUCUUCUAAAGAUGGGAAGAGGGACAUAGUUAGACAAGCUUCAGAUAAGAACACGGCUCCAAACUUGAAUGCGAUUCCUUCCUUGCUAUCAGUCAAUAGUUGAUUAUGUUCAUUAGCAUAAUACACAUUAAACUCUGUUAAUUAAUUACUUAAUUUACUACUUGUUUAUUAUUAAUUACUCUAUUAGCAUCUCCCUGUGUUUAUUUUGGCUUGAUUUGUUGGUUGGCUGUCUUGAUCUUACAUCGUUCAUUUUCUGGGUUUCAUUGUAGACAUCAUUUUGAAAUAUGAUUAAGCAACAUUGUACGCAA